CAACAUAAACUAACCACCAAGCUAACCAUUGUGAGCUUGUCAAAACUUUUUGACUUAUCAAUUGCAGACUACUUGUCUCCAAAAGGCAGUAUUGUCAAAGAUGUCAUCCCUCUAGGGUUGCCUGGUCCCAAACCCUCCUCGGCCGCCUCCUACCUCCAGGUGACCCCCAUGAAACCCUCUCAGCCCCGCGGAUGCCUGUCCAACCUGAACACUCAUCCCCUGCCAAAACGAGUGCCACCCUUGACAAGCCCAGAACUGGACCCAGUGAGGCCCAAGCCCUCUCCUGGACCUCACCCUCCCCAAUCGACAGGGGUGCACCACCGAGCUUCUGGGGGUGGAGGUGGGGAUGAAGCCAAGGAUGGCAAGGCCAACUUAACAAACCCCAUCACCAGGAAGAUACAGCCUUCCCACAGCCCUGUGACCCCUAACCCCUCUAGGAGUAUAACCUUGAACCCUAGGGUUGGUACGGGAACAGGCAUCAGUGAUGUUGGGAGCUCUAGCGCUCUGUUUACUGCUGGCUUGCCCCUCCAGUCUACCCCCCAGUACACAGCAGGUGACGACAGGAAGGCCAUAAUGAAGAACGGUUGUCCACUGUCACACACCAUGUGUAGCACUGUCAAUCCACAGCAGAGUGGUGGUUCCCUGGACUACAGAGGAACCACUCAAACUAGCAAACUGUUCACUUCAGAAGACACCAAAUCCCUGUCGCAGAAGAGGGGUAGAAACCCAGACUUGGAGGAGAGAACGAAAGGGGAGGAAAUGGCCAGUAAGAAACUGCGUCCGGAGGACUAUAGGCCAAACUCAAGCCCAGCCCCUAUCUGUACCAGUCACCCACCCUAUGGAACACCCAGCCCAUCCUACCUGAAGAAAGUCUUCAUGAAAAACAGUCUGAACUCAGGUCCUAUUCUGAGUUUGAAGGAGUGUCUCACCCCUAAGAAGACGGGGGGAGGGAUGGCGAGAGGGAUGGAGAUUGUUCCUACUUCUCCACUGCCCACACCCAAGCCUGUGAGGCAGGUCUUUAACCGAGGACAACCACCAUGCAAGAACAGUGUGAGGGAGAAUAGCAAUCCUCAGUGUAGAUACAGUGGAAUGAAUCACCAAUCUGUCAACCCUCAAUCUGUUAAUAGUGGUAGUAAUCUCCAAUCCGGCCACCCAGCGAACUUGCCUGUCAAAAGUGCUAGUAGAGGAGAAUGCAGCAGAGGGAAAGAGGGCAGAGCAAGAGCGCCAGAGAGUAGAGGAAGAGAACCGACAGGUCGCACCGACAGAAGAACCCCCAAACCUGUCUCGAGGUCUCACAGCUCAUACUCCAGCUGCUCUAGUUCUCUGCACCAUUUUGGAUUGGCACAGAACCGAAACGUCACUCGCCCCCGGGGAACGUCGGAUGACCUGAAUGACCUUUUCACUCCUGACCCCAUAACCUCUAGCCUGUCGAGAGCAGCGAUUACCUCUUCCUCCAGUCCCCAGAGAGGAGACGGGUCGCCCUCUGUACACAAGGUUCUUGUGUCUGGUGUGUCGGCUACAGUCUGUGGUGCUUCUAAAAGACUGCGGCCCACCUCUGUAACAAGCCCCAGAGAAAUCCCCAAAAUCUCCCCCUCGGAGCGAAUCUCUGGCCCCAAUAUCUUUCCCUGUAAGGUACCGGCAGUGGACCCCUCUAAACUACUCCUGGGCCCUAACAUCUACUCUCCCUCUUUUUUAAGGCUGGAGUCGUGCGGGACUGACUUGACUAAAUUAAAGACCGCCUCGUACAGGACCAUCACCUGCACUUCCUCAGGGAAGCCAUCAUCCCCUAAGGAUGAGUCUGUUACGAUGGAGGAUGUCGCGUCCAAACUGAAAACGAGUCCUACUUUUCCCGCUGUGAGACUGUUUGCGGAUGAGUCUGUUAAGACAGAGGCAGGACCCAGAUCUCCUGGUAUUCCUUCAGCAGGCUUGGAGUCACCUAUGGACGAGUAUGCCAACCUCAAGAAUGAGUCUUCCGCCCUGAAAACUAUCCCCCUCUCAGCCUCCGCAAAGUCCUCAUCCUUGUGUAAGGACGAGUCGUUUAACAUGGGGACUGCAGACUUCAAAGCCAGCACCAGCUCUCCCUUCCUCUCUUCUCCCACCUCACGACUGGACCGAAAAGGAAAGGAGGGUGAAAAGAGGAAGGAAGGAGACCAGAAGAGUUCAUCAUUCCUUGAGGAAGGAGAAAAAAGAAGCAAGAUGGACAAUCCCCAGAAAAGUCUGAUAUUUCUGGAGGAGGACCCUCUGGAUGUGGAGCUGGGCCUAGGCCUCGAUCUGGGUCUAGAGUUGGAGCUAUCACAGGCCAGCAGCAGCAGCAGCAGCAGUGAGGACGAGCUGCCAUCCCUGCAGCAGAUCCUGGACCGUACUGCCCGCCCCCCAGACACCCCAGAGAAAGGAACCUUUACUGCACCCAGCACCCCUGUUGGGCCCCGACACCACAGCCAGCUGCCUGUGACGUCUAAAGCCAAACCCACGAGUUACAGGAACAACCUGGACGAGAUGCUGAAGGAAAAGGAGAGCAUUCAAAGGUCUAAGGAGAUGGAGACCAAGCUGCGUCUGUCCUGUGAGGAGAACCUGCUGAGACUGGCGGAGGAGGAGGAGGAGGAUGAGAGCGCAGAGAACAUGGAGGCAGCCAUCUCCCACCAGCAGAGGGAGUUCCUGCAGCGUUUCUCGGUGGUGUCCAGUGCCAUCCGGGACCUGCACCCCGGCGAAGCGAUGUUUAGCCUGGACAACUUUGGCCGUCUUUUCAGCCAACACACACUGCAGCUGAGACACUGUAACGUCUCCCCUCGAGACACCGCACAGAAAACACUACUCUGGUCCACUCCAGACCAGUUCAGGUCCCAUGUCAGUUCUGAGCUGAUCCAGAGAGCCUACCGCUCCUCCCCCUGCCCUCCCCAGGUGGCCCGUUGGCUCUUCCAGAUGGUGUCAGUCCACUCAGACAAGCUGACCUGUCAUCAGGUACUAAAGGCCCUCAAAGAUAUUGCCUGCUCCGCUGCGGAACACAUGAUGCUGAAUAAGAAUGAGCGCUUUGAGGUGUGGGUGCCCAGUGUUGGAGACGUGACCCUGGUCUUCAUGAACAUGGGGGUUCCCUUCGUCACCCUGUUCCCCCUGGAGAACCUACAACCCCCCUUCACCGAGGGAGAUCUGCUAGAGGGCUUCCAGAUCAGCACAGAGAGCCUGUCCAGUAAGAAGGAGCUCAGCACUUUCCCUGAACACAACUUUGAUAGCGUCAUCAAGUACCUGUCUCAAUGUACGUCGUUGUGCCCGCGGGCCUACAGUGACGGAGAACUGUUGUUACUCCUGACGGUGGUGAGCAGAGUGGGCUUGGACACACAGCUCACCCUCCAGCCCACUGAGCACCUCCGCUCUCUACUUCGCAACCUGAUCAGCAGCAUCAGGGACUGGGACGUCAUGCUGCCCAGGAUCUGCAUGUCGCUGAUUGACCUGAGUGAUGAUCACCACAACCUGCGCUGGUUGGUCCAGCUACUGCCAGACAACAUACGCGGCAAGCAACUCAGGAGACACCUCAGUGUGUCGGCCAUCUCCAAGCUGCUGAACAUCAGAUGCACUUACAGGCCCUCCAAUACAGAGUUCCAGCUGUCAGACCUGCGUCGGUACCUCCCCCGCAUGCGCCCAUCCUCACUCCUCCGGGGCCUGGCCACCUCCUUCAGGAGGAGUCAAAACGCACACAGAGAGAGGGAAGAGGAGGAAGAGGACUGUGCCUCUCUGGACCAGCAGGCUUACUACCUCUGCUACAGCCUCCUGGCCCUGGCUAACGAAGCCACCAACUUUGAGUUCUUCCCUCCGGAGCAGAAGAACCAGUUGUUGUUGCUAUGUGCUGAGCUGGAGAAACACAUCAAGUGUGACAUCAGGGAGAGUGAGAAGAUGCUAUACAGGAGCAAGGUGAAAGACUUUGUAGCCAGGAUCUACACCAAGUGGCAGGUGCUGGUCCAGAGAACAAGGCCUCUCCAGGGUAAACUGUAUGACUACUGGCAGCCUCUGCCUGAGGACGCAGUGAGCAGCAGCCAGGAGAGCAAACACUCCCACAGGGAGAGAGAAGAGGAGAGAGAGGAUGAGGAGACAGUCAUGGAGUUGGAGGGAGAAGGGGUGGAAGGAAAAGGAGAAGACGAGGAGAGGAUUGCAGAAAAUGCUUUGUCCAUGGAGGAUGAAAGAGGAGAGACACCAGAAAAAUACUUGGCCAUGGAGGAUGAAGAGGGGAAAGGAGAAGAGGAGGAGAGGAUUGCAGAAGAGGCUUUGGCCAUGGAGGAUGAAAGAGGAGAGACGCCAGAAAAAUACUUUGCCAUGGAGAAGGAGAUUCUAGGAGGGGAGGAGAAGUUGCUGAAGAUGGAUGAGUUGGAAGAGGAGCGGAUGGAACUUACGUUAGAGGAGUCAGGUGAGGAACGAAAGAUGGAGGAAAAAUGGACAGUAGUCAAGAUGGAGGAGAGGGUCACAGAAAAAAGGGAAGCAGCAGCAGUGGAGGAGGGAAGGAAAGGACCGACUGAAGGAGAGACUGAGGAGAGAGGCAAUUUAGAGAAAGAUUCAGAGAUGGAGGAGAAAGGUGAAGAAUGAAUGGAGACUGAGAGAAACCAGAGAAGAAGACUGCAACGGAAGACAACCCGGCUGCAUCCAUAUAUAAUUGUACCGGUCUAGGCCAACUCAUCUAGACUGUGGACUAAAGCUGAAUCCAAAAUGGAGCCCUAUUCCCUUUUGACCAGGGAAUAGGGUGCCAUUAACCCAACUGUCUGCGUGUUUUUUUCUCAGGUAAAUCACUUCAAGUGAAGAAACGUUACAUUAUUAGUUUUUUUUUCAUGCACUUUGUUGCACAAUGCAAAAGACAAAUCCUAUCUACAGAAACUGAGGCAGUUCUAUUAAUUCAUUUUACUAUUUGCACUUGUUUUCUAUUUUUAUUUGCACUCGAUUGAAGUUAUUUCUGUUUUUAGAACCGUUCGCUGACUGUGACCCCUCUGGUUAUUUUUUGUCACCCAACGUUAAACAGUUUGCAUAUAUGACAAUUGUUUUUGACGUUUUUGUUCAUUUUGGUGUUCAGCAGCAUUCGGCAGGUUUUUUUCCCGACUGUUCAACCAAAGUUUUCUUGUGGCAAGCUGAAGUUUGCUAGCCGAAGUCUAUGCCCCUUCGUCUGUAUUGGUCAACAGUAGGGAGUCUUCAAUGAAGUGUGUUGUCAUUCAAUUGCAGACUACUAGUUCAUGGACAUUUUUUCACUUGAGAUAUACUGUACCGAUCAUCUUGGAUGAAAAGUUGCGCAACUAAGACCUCUGGAAAAUAAAUUACACAUUUGAGUUAUCUUAGAUUCAUUCGGACUAAUUUGAGGAAUGUACUGGCUAUGGCGUCUUAAGAGUGACAAAAAGUAAUAUUGCCACCUUAUUCUCGUUUUUCAAAUGAAUGUAUUCUAACGGAAUAUGCGAGCGCAGCCGUUCACUUUGCCUAGCCGAGUUCUGCUUGGAGCAAACCGAACCUAUGAAUGAGAACACCUUAACUGGGCGCUGUUCCAAUGAGUUAGCCAGCUAACUGCCCAAAAUGUAUAAGAAUAUUCAAUUUUGCUAAAUGUAGACAGUAUAUUUGACUCGACAACUUAUACUGAAGAAAAAAUUAUAAAUGCAAUGUGUAAAGUGUUGGUCCCAUGUUUCAUGAGCUGAAAUAAAAGAUCCCAGAAAUGUUCCAUACGUACAAAAAGCUUAUUUCUUUCAAAUUUUGUGCACAAAUGUUUACAUCCCUGUUCGUGAGCAUUUCUCCUUUGCCAAGAUAAUUAAUCCACCUGACAGGUGUGGCAUAUCAAGAAGCUGAGUAAACAGCAUGAUCAUUACACAGGUGUACUUUGUGCUGGGGACACUAAAAGGCAUCUUAAAACAUGCAAUUUUGUCACAAAACACAAUGCUACAGAUGUCUCAAAUUUUGAGGGAGUGUGCAAUUGGCAUGCUGAUUGCAGUUAUGUCAACCAGAGCUUUUGUCAGAAAAUGUUAUGUUAAUUUCAAUUGACUGAUUUCAAAUUGUUGCAUGUUGCGUUUAUUUUUAUUCAGUAAUGAUAAUGGCGGUCCGCAAACAAACAUUAAAGGUGCAUGCUGCUACCUACUUUUUACUGGAGUGUGUGGUCGUUCACGGUUUACAUUGGCUCCAAAUGUCAAAAUCCUCCUACCUAACUCAGUACUUCUGAGAAAAUAUAGGCCCUGGCCCCAUCCCCAAAAUCCCAUCCAACCUCAAUGACCCUACACUUCAAUCUUUCCCUCUUCAACAAUCUAACACGUUGUUUUUGCAUUCAUAUGUGUCACAUAAUAAUUUGCAAACAAUGUAAAAAAUAAUAUAUCAGAGUUAAUAAAGCCACAUACUAACAUGGU